CUUUCUAAGCACCUACGAAGAUCUUGUUUUACAAACGGGUUAAUUGCCUUGCUCUUAGUCCGCAGUGUGGCAUCGCCUGUUAGGGAAGGGCGAGCACACCCAACGCAGCAGCUACCUAGCUUCGACAGCAAGGCGGGCGUCAUGCUAGGUGGGCGCACGCCUGCGCAAUUGGAUACUGUGCUCAUACUAGGCUGAACAGCUAGAGGAAGCCUUUGUUCCUUUCCUACUGACCCGUCGCCACUAACAAGCAGCUACAGACAUGCGGACAAGCCCUGCAUCUGGCAGCAAUAUUGCCCCGACACGCAGCGUCCAAGCAGAUACAGUGCACGCUUUCGACUUCGUCGACGAAGGCUUGCCCUUCCUUCGCGACCUGGCCCCCAUCGACGGCAACUGGCACAGCUAUCAAGCCCCUUGCAAUGACUAUCGUGCAAGGACUCCCUCCGCUUUGGCGCCUUUAACAUCUGGAGGUCUGCAUCACAAUCCAAGCCCAUUUGCGCGGCCUGAGGUCUUCAACGAGCGCUUUGGUCAAUUUGCUUCGUCGCAACCGCCAACCAGUUUUUUGGAGAGAAGCAAUGCCUUGGUUUAUUCCUUGGCCGCUGCGACAACAAUUCCAGCCCUCGCUGCGGCUCCCUUCUCGUCAAACUAUGGUCUCACAAGACCAGACUCUAUAAGCGGUAAUGCCGGAAGCAGCUCUACGGUUGCUAUAGGUUCAACGGCGCGACCUUUGGACAACCGGGCACAGUUCGUAGCAUUCGGCAUCGCGAGGUCGCAGCUGCGUCCCAUAAUGGCCGCGCCGUCUACGGUGACCCACCUAUUGCGAGCGGAACGGGCAGGAUCAGGGGUUGCUUCGAACCCGCCAGAACCUUCCCAGUCGCCGUGGCCUUGGUCAUCCAAUGUGCCGCCUCAUCGGUACCCGCAGCUGCAGCAGCUGCCCUCCACGAUGUCGUCUGGUCCGGUCCAGCAACGUUGCCAGCAACAGAUGCAGCGUAGGACAUUGGGCGCUGCAGGUGUGCACAUGGAUCAGCUGGAUGACUUGCUUCAUGAGCAGCUCUUCGCCGAAAUUUCGGCCGCGCCUUGGCCUUCCUUCCCGACUCCAAACAGCACCGCUUCACACGCGUGCCACGACAGCGACGGAGCUAGCAGCAGCAAGAACCCGAGUAGCGCGGACAGCGCCAUUCCAGACAAGGGCAACAUUCCAGACAACAUUGCAAGUCCGGCCCUUUUCUCUCCCUACUCCUCUUCCCGUUCCUCCGCCGGCCGUACAUCCCAUCCUAUCGCUGCUAUCAACGGAAGCGGCAUCCUGACGCGCGCUGUCUCUAAUGCGCCUGACCUUCCUGCCACAGCGGCUGUGGCUCCUUCCACCACUCCAAUGCAGCUGCAGCCGCCGCUUCUUCUGCCGUACUUCCCUUCCACUCAGGAUGACAGCCUGGAGUCCCUCUCCCCCUUCGUGUCGCCGGAUGUGGACGAAGGAGAGGCGGCUGCGGCCGCGGCUGCGGCUUGCAACAUUCCGCACGGUGCAUCUGGGUUGUCGUGUGUCAUGAGCGGCGGCAGCGGCACAUCUGGCAGCUGUGGCAGAGCCGCACUUGGCGGCAACGCAAGCCUUACCGUUCCGGGGUCUUCACCUGCAGGGGCGGCGGGAACUGCAGCCGCGCCGUACACCGUCUGGCCGCAGCUGUGGUGCCCUGCUCCCCCGCCGUACGCCCCCACGUCGCUUCCUUCACCGCCGCUGUCUCCUCCACCUCCCCAGCUGCUGCCGCCACCCUUCUCCCGCAUGUCAGCGCCAGCAGACUUUGUGUACUCGGGCGCCUCCGCUGCCGCUGCCGCUCCGGCUGCUGCAGCAUCCGAGCCAGCCCCAGCUGCACUUGCUGCUACUGCUGUAGCCGUACGACCCGAUCCCGGCUGCCGUACAUUGCUUCAAGGAGCUGAAGACUGGCUAGCUGCCGUUGCAGACGAGGGCGCCCCUGACUCCUCCUCUUUCAUGGCGGAAGCGACGCAGGAUGGCAAAGUCGCACUUGCGGAGGAGGAAGAGCAGCUGCAGGAGGCGAGCGAGGGCGAUGAGGAGGAGGAGGACGCGGCAAUGGAGGUGGUUGGGGUUCUGGAGCAGGUGGAGAAGGCCGGCGCUGCUGCUGCUGCUGCUGCAGGCGGUAUCCGCAAUGCCGACGUUAACGGCGGCGGUGGUGCAGGUGGCAAGCUGAGGCGCGGCACCGCGCUGUUCGAAGCCCUUCGAAAGGCCUUUGACCUGCCCGCCUCUGAGGCGGCUCGCAGCCUGGGGGUGAGUGCAACCGAGCUCAAGCGGCGGUGUCGUACGGCGGGCAUCGACCGUUGGCCGCAGCGCAAGCUGAGCAGCCUGCGACGCAUUGAGGCGGCGGCGAGGACGGAGGUCGGCCUAGCGGAGGAGGAGCGGCAGUUCAUCCUGGAGUCCGUGGCCCGCAAUCGGAAGGACAUCUUUCUGGACCCCAACGCGCCGCUGCUGCCGUACCUCAAGUCCCUGCGGCAAGCGCAGUACAAGCAGAGCCACGACCGGCGAGUGGGAGGUGGCUCGGCGCAUGGAGGCGCCCGCCACAGGAACUAGACGAGGACAUGGAGACGGUGGCCGAGAACUACAUCACGGGUGAGAAAAAUCGUACGAGAAACCCUAUCGGUGAGGAGGGGUGUGAGAGAGAGUAAUGGCGACAAGAAGUAUUGAUGAUAAUGGCUUUUGUUGUGUUAAAAGCUAUGGGUUUGAGCACGGGUGAUGCUGUAUGUAUUCCUGUCAGAUUAAAGGUGUAGGAGCUGCAUCACUGCCUACUGGACUCCGUAGGUAAAUACUGAAGGAAUGUGUGAGAGAGAAAUGUAGUCACAAGAUGCAGCGAGUGCUGCUGCAUGCUGUGUGUUCAAUUGCUAGCAAUGGAUAGCACUUUACAGCAGAGGGAGAUUGUCGAAUAGAGCUACACAAGGAGUACCGAUGCAGUGGAUCGAGAGCGCAGCACGCACGUCAACACUCAAGGGGGAGCGUAGGCUGAAGUUAAGAGAGUACUGAGCAGCCAUGAUACAUCACAACACGUCCCCGACACUCCCCGACUCGUGCGAGCGAGCGAGCGUGUCUGUGUGAGUUUCCUCUUUCAGGACCUCAGCCUUCCUGGAACAGUAGUUUCGACUCGCGUUUCUGCCGCAGUCGACUGCCGCCUGGGUUGGGUUGGGGCACACGCUUGAGACGGAAGGCCCCUGGUGCACGGAUGGAUGCAUUACCGUCCGUGUCAGGGGUUGACGUCCUGCGUGGGUGGAUGGGGUGAGGACUCACGAGUGCGUGCGUGUGCGAAUUUUGGGUCGGUAGACAUGACUCCGUUCACCCGUAUCCUGUCACGCGGCCGUUCGUUUUGGGAUGGUUGCUUGAUCAGGCACGGGGGAGAUCAGUACCCGGCACGGGGGAGAUCAGUACCCAGGUUGUGACCUGCGUAGGCCUGCCCUGCAUGGCAUUUUUGUAGGGACGGCUGAGCGCAUGGUGAAGGAUUUUGCAGGAGGAAGGUACAGAGGGGGAGAGAGAUUGUACUGCAACUGAGUGCACUUGCUCGGUGCACUAGCAUGGGGGGCCGGCAUCCAGUUCUGAUUCUUCCAUAUUCGGAUGCAGAAAGGGGCCAUCUAGGCACAGGCAGGAAGAGGAGCAACGUUUCGUACGACAAGACCUCGUCCUGUUCGUGCAGAGAGUAGGUUUUGUAUUGCGGCUUACUUUACGCAACUGGCAGUACCACUCGGAUACUUGGCUUAGCAGGCAGGCAGGUAGCUGGUUGGUGGCACGCAGCGUUGCGGUCUGAGCUGGCAAGCGCUGAAGUCAGUUUCGCAGGAGGUGAGGUUUCGCAAAAGGUGGAGUAGUGUUUGGGCUGUAGCACUGUCGGAAAUGUCAGGAGAGCGGUAGUGCGUGUAGAUAGUUUGGUAGUUUGGGGGAAUGCAGGGCGUACACAUUCCUGGCAAAGCCAGGCGCAGGUUUCUCACGAUCAUAGGGUAAUCAAUGGAGGCAUGGUGGUUUAAUAUGUGAAUGGAUGCAUGAAGGAGGGGGGGGGGUAAGAUGAGGCUCAAAAGCCAAACAAAGGGUGGGGUGUUCCAUUUUUACAACCCUGUCGGGUUUGACGCUUGCUUGCUGCACUGCGCGCUAUAGGUGUGGUGGGGGCAACUGGCAGGGAGGCCAUGUGUGUGGGCUAACAUGUCUGGCUGUGUCUGGGAGGGGUAUCAUAAGGCCAACACUCUCUCCUGACCCGUGAUCCUCCAUUUGGGGCCGGCUUACAUGGACGACGUUGGGCUUUGAAGAAGCGCAUGAUCUGCUGUGUCGGUAAUAACGCCAUCGGUGUCUUAAAUUUGAUGUCAUGGUCACAUGUUAGAAUGUCGGUGUGCAAACGGCAACGGUAUGAAUGUAUGGCGUGUGUCGGAGGUUCGAUGAGGUUUCUAGCUACUGGGGCGGUUGGAAGUUAGUAAACUACUCGGUAGUGUCCGCUGACACAUGCGAUCAUGCACAUCACUCUAGCAAUAGUUGUCCGUAAACGGUUGAUACCUUCAUUGCGUUGACAAUGGGUCAUGCGCGCUUUCUGUGGUGGGCCGUUUCCUUACAAAGCGAGCGGCACGAAGCAACAACGUAAAAUGGGUUUGGCUAUUUUUUUGGUUAUUCGCAUCCGCGGGGGAGGGUUCGGCGCUUGCAUGUUGUCACUGUGGGGGAAGCGGUUUUGUGGCCGAACAGGGCAUCCUCUGGCCCCGUUCGGGCACCUCCGUUACCCGGGCUACGAUAUGACGAUUGGGGAUUCGUGGGAAAUCCUUUAGUAGGCUGUUGUGUAGAAUGGGGUGUCAUGUCUUAAUUGAACGUUAGAGAAUGGAACUGACUCCUCCUUCACACUUUACGUCGUUCACUUUGCAGUGGCUUCAUGUUCGAUGUCCGGUGCAUUGUCGUACAUGCAUGCUUAUACCUUUACUCGCUUGAGCCGAGGGUGGUGAUAGCGUGAACAUGCGUGCCUGCAUCUCCGAGUCAUGUGCGUGUAUGUGCUUUGGUGUUGGCAGGAUGUGAGGUAGCUGCCUUCCUGAUGGUACGGCGUAUCAUGGGUUUGGUGCCCGCUGCACGUCUUUCAGACCAAGUGUUUUGUGGUUUAGCCCAGCUGGUCUUCUGGCCUUUCAUUCCCGGUCUAUCUGUUUGGGGCUCGGCUGUAUGGUUGUGGUGUAAGUGCCGGUUGGAUGCACGGCGUGAUGUGCGUGAUCAGAGGUGGCGUUGCAAGUGUCAGACGACAGCUGUGAUGUAGCUUGCUUGGUAAUUUCUAUUUAGUGAUUUGCCUGCGGACGUACUGUGCUUCACAACAAAGGAGGCAGCUCCCCGUCUGCAUACGCAUGUCGAUGUCUUUCUCUUGAGAGGAAGCAGGACGGGGCGGUGUGAAUUGAUGGAUGAUAAAUCAGCACGUUUUGUUCGAUCGUUUCUUGUUGAAUGGUGUAGAGGCAACAUAGGCUGUCUUGGAGUUUUAGAGCGGCUGAGAGGCUCAUCCGUGCCCACGGAACGCAGCUCAAUAUUGCUGUAUUUUCUAGCAGCAGCAGGUGGAACGUUUGGAGAGCGCAGGCCGCAGCGAACAAUUGUUACGAAGAAAUGGAAGCAGGUGGCUGGUGGUGAUGGCAGUAGCAAUGCAGUCUGUGGGGCAGUCGGGCCCCUUGCAACACAUGGGACACGUGCAUGCAGGCAUAUCAUGAAGCAGCAUGCAGGCACUCAUGUGAUACAUCAAUUGUCUCCCUUUCUGUUUCUGUCUCCAUUUCUGCGCGUCGGUGCAUUUGCUGGGAGGUGGCGUUUGGCAGAUCCGAUGAUGUUCCCCGUGAUCAUCAGCCGCGGUGCUGUUGGUGUUGCAUAUUCCGGAGGUGUUUUUGGACGGUUGCAGAUGCGGACGGCAGGUGUAAGCUCGGGCACGGGCGCGUUUAGCUAUAUGAUGGAGCCCACUCCUCGUGCUAGGCGCUCCGCUUAUUCGGCUGUGCAUCAUGUCUUUCCGUGUUGCGUGUCCCAUUCAUUAAUCGAUGUAUAUCAUCAUGCGUUUACGGAGUUGCGGCGGCAGUGUGGAAAGAGUUAUGCGGCUGCAUGUGUGUGCGUGCGUGGUUGUAUGGAAGGCUGAAGUGCAAUUCGCGUACAUGGUGAGGACCAUUCGAUGCUUCUGGAAGAUGUGAAGAAGAAUAGUGCAGUUGACGGACGUUGUCUUUCACUCCUGGUGAUUACCUGGUUGGUUGGUGGUUGAAGUUGAAAGAAGAAGACGCGGUAGCUGCAAAAAGCUUUGACACAUGUAGGACGUACCCACCCCCCCUCGACCAGGCCGUGUGUGGGAGUGUGAGGUGUAUCAUUAGCAGUGGCAGAAUGGCCGUGUAUAUCGAUAAGCACGUCUGGCGACUCCGUAUGACAAGGCGGGUCCUGGUAAAGGUCAGGACUGGUGCCGUUUGCGUUUGGCAGCAUGGUUGCCUUGGAACGGUUCACAGCAUGUGCGUUGCACGAAGAGUGUUAACGUGUGACACGCACAUAACGCCCGACGCCUUCCUGCUGUCGGUUGCGUUUCAUUGGCUUUCCAUUUGAUUGUUGAAGGGCCGACAGCGGACCCAUAUUACAAUUACACAGCGACAGGAUGCGUUGUGAUGUGCGCGGGAUAGUCAUUUCCGGUGCCAUGCUUGUAUGGUGGCGUCUGGGGAGGGGAGGUUUCAUUGUUAGGCGGCAGCGGUCCCGUCCCAUCGUCCUUUUAGUGCAUCUGUAGGCGCCUAAUAUUUUUGGCAGCAUCUCUUUCACAAGGCUCUUGCCAUUUACAAUAAAUAGCAUCACCAGUACAAUCAUCAAUCCAUCAUCCCUUCGCGUGGUUAUGGAGCUUCAGAGGCGUCUUGGCCCGUUGGUUUUGUUUUGGACUCCGUUUUGUUUCACAUGGUGGAGAGGAGGAGGGGGAAGAGCCGCGGAACGCCGCAAUGUUGGCCGAUCACCACACGCAUCCUCUUUGACAUGUAUGCACACGCACAUGCUUCUUCUCACAUAUUAGACGGUCUAUUACGGCGUUUCUAUUAAACGGACCACCCGCCGGGUAUGUCGCCCCUUGUAUAGGCAGCGGCGUCUGCGAGUAUACGUCCAUAAUAAUGUAGUCCCAUUCCGUACUACAAAAUCCUAAACGUGUUGUGUUAGUCGAGCGCGAUUGGCGCGCAGGUGUGACGAUUAGUAACUAUACCAAAAGUCGGAGUUUGGAGGAUAAGGGAUAUCAGUUGUUGAUACCGGUGCUAUCAUAAUUCUAUUUCUAACGUGCAUCCGUUCGUCGUAGGGUACGGCCCAGCAAGUUGUUGUUGUCCUGAUGUGAAUCAUGGGUCCUUAUACCCUGGGGGUUUACGGUGCAACAUUAUGGCUCUAAUAAACCCGCGUGUGUUGAUUUGGUGCUGGUGAGAUUGCGUGCGGCAGGUAUUAUGAUGCCAUACACACAUCCUAGGUUCUUCCCAUCUCACGGAAUGAACGCGGUAAAUAAACGUUGUAAAUCUUUAUAUCAU